CUGUCUGCCUGGAAGCCCUGCCCCGCAGAAGAUGCGAGCCGACUUGGACUUGAAUGAGGCGAGCACGAAGACCGUCAGACAGACGGAUACAAAGUAGCACAAGCUGUCUAUUAACAAACAUCGGGGAUACUGGAGUACGGAGGCCAGGCACCGGCCCGGGGUGGGGGGGGACCAAGGCAACUGAGACCCGCGAUAAACCCCCCGACUGCCGCCGGCAGACUCGCACCGAAGAAAGAAAACGGCGUUUCAUGUUUCUGUUAGAUCUCAGCCUCUACGAGAAGGAAAGAAAACCGGAGAAUCUGGGUCUAUCGUUUGGGCUUUGUUUUUCCUUCUUUCCUUUUGUAGUUUCACAUUUAAAUGUUUAACUUAAUGGGUCUAAAAAACGGCACUGCGGCCAUCCAGACCAAUGUAUCCUGUACAUGCAACUGCAAACGCUCGACUUCGUUCCAAAGUAUGGAGAUCACCCAGCUGGAAUUUGUGCAGAUCUUAGUCAUCGUGGUGGUGAUGAUGGUGAUGGUGGUGGUGAUCACCUGUCUGCUCAAUCACUACCGGCUGUCGGCCCGCUCCUUCAUCUCCAGACACAGUCAAGCUCGCCGACGCCACCUUCCACUGGCCUCUGAUGGGAGUCUGUGGCCGUCAGAUGGACCCGGGUCCUCUAGUGGAGUCAGUGAGCCGCAGGUCUACGGCCCCCGGCCCCCGGAUCGAGUUCCCUCCUACCUGCAGAGAGAGCGUCUGGCCCGGUUCCAGCCCACCUACCCCUACUUGCCGCACUCCAUCAUCGACUUGCCCCCCACCAUCUCUCUGUCAGAUGGGGAGGAGCCCCCCCCUUACCAGGGGCCCUGUACCCUGCAGCUGCGGGACCCCGAGCAGCAGCUGGAGCUGAACAGAGAGUCAGUGCGGGCCCCCCCUAACCGCACCGUAUUCGACAGCCACCUGGCCGACACCCCGCUCUGCCCCCCCAGCCUCCACGCCGGCGUCAGCGCCGCCUCGGCCCGAGACUGUCCCGGGGAGGCGCGCGAGCGGGGCGCGCCCCCCACCUACAGCGAGGUCGUCGGGCACUAUUACCACCCCGCGCUGUCCCGGCAGAGGCCGGCUGGGGUGCCGCACCCCCCCGCCCCCACGCUCAUGCACGGGGUCCUGCAGCACUCGCACCUGGGCGGCCUGGAGAGUAGUAACUCCCGCAGCAAGGAAAAGAAGCAGCCGCAGCAGGUGUGACCGUGACCGCGGCAGGUGUGAGUGUGACCGUCACCGUGGACACACCCCGCAGCAGGUGUGAGUGUGACCGCGACCGUGGCCGCAGCAGGUGUGACCGCAUCCGCGGCAGGUGUGAGUGUGACCGUGGACACACCCCGUGGCAGGUGUGAGUGUGACUGCGACCGUGGACCCUGAGCACUAUGAGAUAGUCUGAGGGCGGGCGGGCUGCUUCAUUGCACAAUGACUGCACCCCCCAAUCUCAGCCUGGUCUUUAUAUAAAUAUACACCCCUUACCUGGUAUCUUUGUGCUCACAGCCUUUCCCCCCCCCAUGUUGCCAUUGUUUUUUCUUUUUCAUCUAUACCUUUUCAUUAGGGUUUCCACACGCUAUCAGUAUAUAUAGUUGCUUUUACCCUUUAUUUGAGAUGCUGAUGUCUUUAAAGUAAACAAGUCUUCCUCCGUUUUCUUUUAACGCUUUGCAUGCAUCCCCUCCCCCCCCAGGGGUGCUAUGUCUGUGGGCUGGCCAGUUUCUCCCAACCCCCCAGGAUUGGGGGAAUUCACAGGGUGGUCAAUAAGCUCUCAGCCACUCUCCCAUUCUGACCUGUGUCAUUCAUAUGUUUGUUUGUUUUUGUUUGAAAGCACCCCCCCCCCCCCCCCCC